AUGUAUGGGACUCCAAGGGAAGUGCGUGUGAGAGUCGCUUCUCCUCCUGGAGAUAAAGGGUUUAGACCAGUCCAGCAGCUUAGUAUUAAAUCUGUAGAAGUCAACAACUCUGAACCUCAUGUUAAGUCCAGCAAAGAGUCAGAAGAGGUGUGUGACUCUAGGUCAGGAGCGGCCAGAAGAGUGGCUGUGGUGGGAAGCAGCCAGUCCAGCCCUUUCGGUAUUCAGGUUGUAGAAGGCUUUGGUGAAUAUUCUGACAUAGAUUGUGUGAAUGUGAGCAGAGAAGGAAGGAGAAACAAAUACUCCUACCAAAGCAGCUGGAGGAAUUGGGAAGCUGACGCCAAUGUCGACCAGCCUGAAGAACCUUCUGUGGAGAGGAGUGCCAAAGAACCACAGUGCUGUGAAGAAGGGAGCCAGACACAGGAAACUGUGUCCAGAGAGGUCUUGGAGAACAGCUGCUGGUCAUUGAAGGUGAAUGAGCAAAGUUUCCAGCACUUGUGUGACAGACAAAUGCUAACUAGGUGUUUCCAAGCCUGGAGGGGACACAUCCUCUGGAAAAGGGCUGCAGCCAGGCAGCUUUACAGACAUCAACUGCUUCGGAAGGUCCUUGGUGCUUUGCAGUGGGCUGUGCACCAGAGGAGGAUGCAGCUGGAGGUAGCCCAGCAGAGACAUGCCUCGGCUCUGCUAGCUGUCAGCUUCUGCAGGUGGAGGGAAGCUGUGGCAAAACGGAGCAAGAAGCAAGCUCUGCAGCCUGAGCCAUAUUCUUAUACCCAGAGUUCAUCAGUGGGGUUUUUUGGAGUAGGAAGAUUAGCAACUAUGACAACCUCAGCUCAGCACCAGCUUACAGUAGGAUACUCAAAGGAAGCUGAGCAGGCUUGUAGGGUGGAGAGAGGACUGUGGACACAGCUUCAUCGUAGGCAGAGAGGAGAUGAGUUCUGCUGGAGAGUUCAAGCAAUCAGAGAUAUGAGACGGCUAGCUGCAGCUUUCAGACUGUGGCGCCUGCAGAAGGAGCUGCUGAGCAAAGAGGAAGCCAGGCUUUUGGAAGCCCGUGCUCUGCUGGAAAAGAAGCAGCUACAAAACAUUUUCUGGGUGUGGCGUUCCCGAUGCUUGGAAAUGGAACAGAUUUUAGCACUGAGAACUCGGAUCCAAAGAAACUUGGUCUCCCGGUGCUUCAGUGCAUGGAAGGAGACUGUUGAGCAGAAGGCACGUUACAGGUGCAACCUGGCCCGUCUCAGAGCAGUAUCACUGAGGAAAUACUUCCAGCAGUGGGUUCAGAUGCUGCAGGUCAGAGAAGGUGAUAAGCAGGCAAUGGUGAACUACUUCCUCCUACGAUGGAGGCAGCGUUAUGGACCAGUUAUAAGCUCAGUAACUGACAAGACUGCGACAAAGAGGCAUGAAGAACAGCCAUUGUGGACUGUAGAGAGACGGUUUCCGGAGAAAACAGGCUACUCUUUUGAUGACUUCUGCCAAAAGGUGACGCUCCAGAGAGUGUACCUGCUGUGGAAAGCAAGGCUGUGCGAGCAUCACAGAGCUGAUUCUUUCUCUCAGACUUUGGAGCAGUGUAGACUCAGAAAAGCUCUGAAAUUAUGGUACCAAAAGUGUCUCGUGCUGAAGACAAUUGAACAAAGUCCUAAGCACUCGCACAGGACUGUCUAUGAAGAACCUCUUGCCAUGCUGUUUUCUGAGGACCUCUCAACAUCUUCCGGAUUUGACAGCAGUGCUCCAGCUACUCUGGCCUCUCAAAGCUCACUGGAAAAGGAAUGCAGUUUUAGUGACAGCAGCCAGCAGAGCUUCUCCUCCAUUCUGACUGCUGAGGAUGUCACACACAUGCCAUAUUACAGUUCUUUCCUGCAACUACACCAAUGCGCAGAGCUGCCAGCUGAGCUGGGUGGGGAGCUGUACUUGCAGGCCUCCUUUCCUCCACAGAGUACUGGAUCUGGAAGAAAUUGGUUUGUGGGAGGUCAGUUCCAGUCUUUGGCACUGCAGAGUCCAGACAAUAAUGUCCAGCCUCUCACCAGUUACUCUACAUGGGAAGAGGACUGCAGUUCUGACAAGGAGGUGAAGAGUUGCUGGCACCAAGCAGAGAAACACUGCCUGCAGAGGUACUUCAUUGUCUGGUCAGCUCGGACUCAGCAACUUGUAAAGGCCCAGCAGUACUGCAGGCUCAUUCAGCUGUCUCGAGCCUUUCUCAGCUGGUACCACUGGGUCAUGGAAAAUAAGAACCGAAAUGCAACAGCAGCCCUAAAACAUCGAGUUCAUUGCUGCCAGAUGGCUUUCAGCCUGUGGAAGAAGAGACUGGCCCAGAAAGUGGAAGCCGACCAGAGAUUCAGGUGUCACAUUCACCAGAUGACUGGUGAUGCUCUGUGGCGUUGGCAUUCCUGCUGGCAAAGGAAGCGUGCUGUGAGAGAGCUGCAGCAGCGAUGGGUUCAACACAGCUGCCAGGAGAAGAAGAGGAUGGUCCUGCAGACGUGGUAUUGCCAAACAAGGAAGCAGAAAUAUGCUGCUUUAUUCUGGGAACGUCUUCUCCUGCACAGGUGCCUAGUCACGUGGGCCCAGGUCACUGCUUGUAGACUGAGGCAGCACGAAGCCCUCUCUUGUUUUAAAAGGGUCAGAGAGCACCGUCUCCUAGUUGUGAGCUUUACCGAGUGGAGGGUGAAAUUCUUGAGAGCUGAACAGCGGGUGCCGGGAGAGAGAAACCACAAGUGGCGGGAACCCUCUCAGGGUAAAGCCUGUCACCGCUGGCGAUUGGCCUCAAGGGGACAGCAAGCCCUGCGCCUAGGAUCUGUGGCUACUGUAAAACAGGCCUGCAACUACUGGACAAAAGCAGCUGCCUUUUCCCAGUGCUCACGGCAGUGCAGUACCCUGAUAGGCGCUAGGAAGAGCAGGAAGAUGUCUCUGUCUUGGUCCAUGAAAAGCAGAAGAGGCAGAGAAAAGGGUUCAGCACCAGCUGCCCCUCUUGGGCUUUUUCCCAGUGCCAUUCACCGCUGGCUGGUGAUCUACAGAAACCAAAACAGGGCUGAAAGGUUGCUGCUCCCUCACCUGGUAGAGAGACCUGGUGUGGUAGGACCCUCUCCUGCACAUGCAAGAAUCCAGAACAAAGCAGAGGUGGACUUGGAGGAGUGGGAUGAGAAGUGGCUUGGGAGGAAGUAUCUGAGGUGGUGGCAUCACACGGUGAUACUUCACCAGUGGCAGCGUGACAGGAGACUGCGCUGUCUGGCAAGGGGAUGGCAUCAGUGGAAAGAAGCCAGCAGGGUGGUGGUACUGGCUCAGGUGUUGGACCAGCAGCGGCUGAUAGAAAAGGCCUGGAGGGUAUGGAGACGACGACAUUUGCAAAGCUGUGUGGUGCAGAAUUUUUUGGAGGAGGAAGCCAGGAGCCUGCUAUCUCAGGCCUUUGGAAGGUGGCGCCAGCUAACAGCAUUCCAGCUCAAGGACAAAGGACGCUGCUGAAUGGUGAGGGCCUGCCUGCAGCUGCUGCUCAUUUCAGGACAUGUGGAGGAUACAGCUGGCUGUCACAACAAAGAGCUGGUCCUGUGCAAUCAAGAAAGCGAAUGCUCUGCUCACGUGAUAAAAGCAGUGCUGCACGCCAGAAGCACGAUAGCCAAAGGACAACCAGGAAGAGAUGGUACCUAGUGAAAGUUCCUCUUUAAAGGACUUGUAUCCUACCUCCCUAGAAGCACAACUUUGAGAAAUUAUUCCCUUUUGUUGUGAGGUUGCAUUCCCUUCUCCUCUGGAUCCUGAUUUUGCUGGAGUUCUGAUUAAAGGUCAAAAAAACACCUUA